GAAAUACCUCGCGCCUCAUUCGCUUUCAACCACGGCGCGUUUGGUCCCAGGAGUCAUCAUCGAGCAGGCCCUUCCAGUCACUAUCUCAUAGCAGAGAGAGAAGAUUGAAACGGCUCCUCAUCUAUCCUUAUAUCGACUGGUUUCGCUGUUGGCCAGCCUUUAUUUUUCCAUUUUCUUGAGUCCAAUUGAGGUUUGGUUGCCAUUCAUUCGUUUGCCGAGUUCUCGAGAAAAAAAAAAAAAAAAUAGAAAAAAAAGUCAAACCUGCCUUUUUCAGUCCCCAAAGACUACCAGGGUUGCACUACAACUUGCCUCGCAAACAAAGUCGCCUUCACCUGCGGUUAAAAAUUCAGCAAUGGCACCAGGCCUCAAGGCCCCGCGGAGGCCCAAGCCUGCCGCGCGGCCAAAUCCUAUCAAGGCAAUUCAGGACCAAGCAUGGCAGCAGCAACGCAGAGCAAGCCAGAGCCCAGCACCUUCCAUGUCCCCAGCACCACAGGCCCGCCCUCAGCAACCGGGCGGCAGGAAAAGCCAGUGCCCCAACAAGAACUGUCCAAACCCAAACAUAGUUGACGGUACUUGUCGGACCUGUGGUCGAGUUGCCGACGACAGCAAUAUUGUGGCAGAAAUCCAGUUCGGCGAAACUGCUGGUGGUGCUGCCGUGGUACAGGGUAGCUAUGUCGGUCCUGAUGGUGGCGUCCGCCUGUCAGGAGGCCAGGGCGGUCGCCGGAUUGCUGGAACCAACACAUCCUCGGAGGCCAGAGAAAAAGCCCUUCGUGAGGCCAGGAGUCUCAUACAGGGAUUUGCAAAUUCACUUAACCUUCCCGAGCGCACUGUUAACGGCGCCAGUCAACUCUUCAAACUUGCCAGCUCUCGAAAUUUCACCCAAGGUCGCUCUUCUGUUUACGUUGCCGCCAUGUGCCUCUAUGCAGCUUGCAGAAAGGAGACUAGCUGCAAGAUUAUGCUCAUGGACCUUGCUGACCUGGUGCAGCACGAUGUCUUCCACCUUGGCCGCAUGUACAAGGCUUUUAUCAGCGACAUUGGCGCCGGUGGCAACUACAACCCCAUUUUUGUCGAGGAUUUGAUCUACCGAUUUGCCGCCCGCUUGGAAUUUGGAGACAAGACCAACAAGGUUGCCAGCACUGCAGUACGCUUAGUGCAGCGCAUGGACCGGGAUUGGAUGGUUCUGGGCCGCCGACCAUCGGGUAUCUGUGGUGCCUGUCUGAUUAUGGCGGCGAGAAUGAACAACUUUCGCCGCACAGUACGGGAGGUUGUCUUCAUCGCCAAGGUUACCAUGCAUACCCUCCAACAACGGCUAAACGAAUUCGCCGAGGUCCCUUCAGCCAAACUCACUGUUGAUGACUUCUUGAUGCGGGACUUUUUGUACGAGCAGAUGGACCCUCCAGCCUAUUACAAAAAGACAGCUGAAUAUCAAGCAAAACUCAAGGAGCGCCGGAAAAAGCGCAAACGCGAUGAGGGUGACGAUGGGGAAGAGGAAAGAAGGGUUGACGCUGAUGGUUUUGCCAUCCCAGCGGUUCCAAACAGGACAGAUGCUGCAUCUACGCAAAAUCAAGAACCUAGUGAUAUAGAGGAGGGGAUCUCAGAGGUUAAUUCACACCUGGACGACCUUGCACGGCAGUUUGGUUCUCAGGGUGCCGUCCCCAGUUCUUCUGAGGCUGCCGCGUCGCCUGCUCCGGCUGUAUCAGGGGGAGCCUCGCAGCAUAGCAGACCCAAGAAACAACCUCAAGGUAGCAGCGUCCGCAAGCUGCCCAAAGUUGAGAAGCCGGCUUACGUCACUGAGGAAUGGGAUGAGGACGAAGAGCUUCUGGAAAUGGAGAUCACAGAAAACAUGAUGAACCCGUCUACGACCGAGGGCGCUAUGCGACUCGCCAACGCGGCUGAGCUUGCUGCGCUGAAAUUCUUCGCCGAUCCCGAAAAACAGUCCCAUCUAGACAAGCCAGAGGUCGAAGAGGAUGAAUUUGCUGACGACCCAGAGGUUAUGUACUGUCUCCUCGGUAAGGAAGAGGUGGAGUUGAAGACACAACUCUGGGUCAAUCAGAACAAGGACUGGAUGCGUAAGCAGCAGGAAAAGGAGUUCAAAGCACGUCUGGCUGCAACGAAUCCACCAAAGCCUGGCCGUGGCAAUCGGGCCAAGAAACCACGCAUUGGCGAGGGUCAGACGUCGCCGGCAGACUCGGCAACGGAUGCCACGCUAGAAAUGAUUGACCGUCGCCAAUUCUCCAAGCGUAUCGACUAUGAUGCUGUCCGAAGCAUGCUUAGCACCGGUGGGCCGGGCUCGGCGGGCGGCAGUCUCGCCACCAGUAGGCAAACAAGUCGGGCUGGCAGUGUUGCUGGGGGUGGGACUGAGGAAGAAGACGAAGAGGAGGAGGAAGAAGAAGAGGAAGAAACACAUGUUGAAGAAGAUGCUGAGGAAGAGGAUGAGCAACGCAGUGAUGACGAAUAGCCUGGCAAAAUCAUGUGCUCAUUGAUAAAAUGUGUUUUUUUUUCGCCCGACGAUGAAGAUGGCUACUUUUAUUUUUGCACAUUGUGCAUUCUCAUGAUUGCCAAACACGCGUAGCGUCGGUGAAGCAACGGACCGGACCAGGCUGUCUGGCUAGCGGCAUCUGAAUGAUGUAUAUAUUUAUAUAGAGACACCAUGAUAGACUUGAUUACGCCAUCUUGGCCAUUUUAAUUCAUCAUCAAAGAUCAGUUCACGAACCGA